AUGGCUUCACAAGUGCCUCCACAAGUGCCAGUCAGAGGAGCAACGGACUAUCUUGGUGCCCUUGGACCUGCGAUUGUUGGUGUCAGUGUGUCGCUGUGUGCCUUUGCCACCAUCCUUGUGGCCCUGCGUGUCUAUACCUACUUCUUUGUGGUCAGGAACAAAGGGGGUUGGGCCCUUCUGUGGGCAGUUGUUGCUUGGGGACUCGGAGUCCCUAGUACUGUACUCUAUUCUAUUGCUGCCUACUAUGGCGCCGGAAACCAUAUCUGGAUUGUGGAACGAGCCCCCAAGCUCUCAUCCGCGUUGCUGUUCCUCUGGAUCACUGCGAACCUCGUCUGUUUCUCAGUGGGGUUUGCAAAGCUCAGCAUGACUAUGUACAUUCUCGAGGUACAGGAUCGAACCUACAAAUGGGGAAAGUGGAUCCUGCUCGGCGCGGUGGGUGUGAAUUUCAUGUGCUACAUUGUCACCAUUCCCAUGGUUUUCACACAGUGCACCCCAUCAGAGAAGCUCUGGUACCAAACCUUGCCUGGUAAUUGUGACGGGACCCAUCGGGCAUUUUAUUGGGCCAUCUGGACUGGUGCUUGGGGCACUGCAACCGACUUAUUACUCGCCAUUUACCCCGUAUUUAUCAUAUGGAAUCUCCGGAUUCGCACCCAGCUCAAGCUGGUUAUUUCCGUGUUGAUGGGUCUCGGUGUUGUCACGGCUGCCUGCAGUCUGGCCAAGACAAUUAAUUAUGGCCGUCUACUGGUUGCCACUGAUCAAACCUACGAGAUUGCGCCACUGAUGAUAUACGGUAUCACCGAGAUGUGGGUCGUCCUUAUUGCAUCGAGCGGUGCUCCGCUGUGGCCGCUUGUUAGAAUAAUUGCGGGUGGCGCACGUCCCCAGUAUGGACCCUCCAGCGCGUACGCUUCAAGCCGGAACGGGUACCUCAAAUCCGUGGAUACGAACCAUGACCCCGUCGGUCUGCACAGCGUUCAUGGUAUCGCCUCGAGGAACCACCCAAGUCGAACCGGCAGUGAAGAUGCAAUGAUCUCUCCUAGAGGCAUUAUGAUGACGCAGGAUCUGACCGUGAAGCACGAAAGUGUGAGACAAAUGUUCUAG